GUACUGAUUUCUGUGGGACUGAAAAAAAAUGCAGCUGCUUCUUCAAAGUCUUCCUGCUCCGUGGACGCGGUGAAACCUGACACCAAAUUGUCUGGCGCACAUUCUUGUGUGAAAGUAUGGAGAAGUCUACAGUUUGUGCAUUGGUUCUAGCUCUAAGUGCAAUUGUGCAAUUUAACACAGUUUUUACUCAGGAUUCUAAGAGCAAUCUAACAGGCAUUCUUCCAAAAGCGGGCCAAUGUCCUCGUCUACUUAAGGUGCUGCCAUCAAAGAAAGGGUGUGCAUGUGAUGAAGACUGCCCUGAAGACCAUAAGUGCUGUGUCUUUGACUGUGGAGCUGUCUGUGUCCCUCCUUCUUUCAGUAAGCCAGGGUUGUGUCCUCGGAGAAACUGGGGCUCUGGAAUGUGUGCCGAGUUUUGCUCUGAUGACAGUGACUGUCCCAAUGAGCAGAAAUGCUGCCACAACGGAUGCGGACAUGAGUGCAUUGCACCGUACAAAGUGAAGCCAGGCCGCUGCACUCUACCCCAAGGAACUCCUAUGUGUGCGGAGUACUGCUACCAUGAUGGCCAGUGUCCAGCUGAGCAAAAAUGCUGCAGGACAACCUGUGGUCAUGCUUGCAGUCAGCCCUGCUGAGUGGACAUCAAUCAACAACACAGAUUAAGAAUGCAUUGUCUUGUUUUAUCUUCAACAUAUACUUGGGUAGGGUGUCAGAAUAACCAGCGGCCUCUAAAACGGUGGCCUCAUACUAAUAAAUAAUGAUAUUUAGCCACUUCUUAGAUUUAGCUUAAAUCAUUUCCUUUGUGAUGUUUGAAAAGUAAUAAAUGUCUUACAUGUCCUGAAAUGUUAUUAGCUUUUUUACACAAAGCAGCAUAAUUUGUAAAAUAUUACAUCAUGCUUUUACGCUGUGAUUAGGUAUUGUAUUGUAUCGUACAAAUCCAUUUCGUUUUCAUUAAAAAUGCAUGAUUGCUACAUAAGAGUUAAACCUCGAUCUUCAGACCCGGCUUGCAAUAACGGACUCUCGAUUCAACCGACAGGUUCUGCUGGAAAUAAUAGCGUUCAUAGAAACCAUAGGCGGAGUUUGACUUUUGGGGAAGGGUGGGCACAACAUGUUGAUGACCCCGAAAAUGCAGUGUCAGCAAUAAAAUUAACGUACAAGAAUAUUUAGAAUAAUAAGUUGACAAUGAGCGUUUUUUGUUUCCCACCAUUCUUGAGGGGAAUUCUAAAUCAGGCUGCUUAGGCAAUAGUACUUUUUGCCAAGAUUGUCAUCCGUUGAAUUAUGGUAUGCCUGCCAGUGUCGUGCCAAUGUAGUUAUCCCAAUCAAAAUUUGUAUCCCCGGGGCGAAACCAUAUGGCGGUAGAUUUGUGUCUUUAUUAUUCAAUCCAAAAAAUAUUGCUUCAAUCAAAAUAUAUAUUUUCAACCCAAAAAAAAAAAAAGGCGCUUCAAUCAAAAAAAAAAAGUGUUUGAAUGCAAAAGUAAAUUUGAAACUCAAGAUGUAUGUGAAAGCUGUUUUUCAAGUUUUUUAAAAUUUUUUUUUUUAUUGAAGCAACUUUUUUGAUUUUGGCUAGGACAUUUUUGUCUUUAUUAUUCAAUCAAAAAAUAAGUUGCUUCAAAAAAUAUUUUCUAAAAGAAAAAUAACCAAUCAAAAAAACAACAAUUUCAAUCAUGGAAAAAGUUUUUGAAUGCGAAAAAAUAUUUGAGAUUUGAAAAAUUUACAUUUGAACACUUAAUUUUUCAUCGAACAAGUUUUCUUUGAUUGAAGCAAUCCUUUUUGUGUUUGGGCCAUAUUAUUUGUGUCUAAAUCAUUUAAUCCCCCCAAAAGUUGCUUCAAUCAAAAAAAAUAUAUUUUCAAUCAAAGAAAAAAAUCAUUUGAAAAAUAAAAUUGCCCUCCCCUAAUUUUUGGGGGGGAAUUAUAUGCAAAGCAAAUGACCAUCUAAGUUGCUAGUCACAUGAUCUGUUCGAAAAAUAACUGACCCAUUAUAAAAAUAUAUUUUGUUAAUUUCAUUCAUUUUUGUUGCAGUUUUUUUUUUUUUUUUUUUAACAACUUUUUUACAAACAGGAAAGUCAAUUACAUGCAAUGACACUCUUCGGCCGCCGGGGGGCCGCUGGCCCCCCUAAAAAUCCAUUUAUGAUAGGAACUCGGAAUUCACCUCGGAUUAGCAAGCGAAGUCCAUUUGUUAUAUAAUUGCCUGGUGUUUUUUUGCUUAUACAAUCAACACAGCUUGCUACUGUAGCUCUUGCCUCUAGGUUGGCUUGGAAAGACUCAGGACGACCUCUACCAAUCUGAUCUUGGAACAUUAAGUAGACAGUGCAGUGCCAACAAAAUUGAGGUGUGUCGCAGAAUAUUUCACUACACUAACCCGUCAAAAACACUACGGAAAAAAAUGUAAACAGAAAACCAAGGGAAGUAUGGAAGAAGUGUUUCAAUUUAAAGGAAAAUCUGAAAUGAAAUUAGUCCAUUAAAUUGAGGUUUAGCUGUAUACAUAGAAGACGGCUCUUUAAACAUUGGCUCAGGAAAGAAACCAUUUGCAGUUUAUUUUCCCCACACCCACUUCAACAUGGUGACCUAAUGUGCUGGGAUGAGCUUUAGACACAGAAACCUCUGUUUGUCUGCCCCAUUUGCGUUUGCUUCAACAGUACAUAAAUGAAGGCAGUCAGAGGGAAGUAAUCCAGUUUCACCCAAAGAAAGGUACUCAAAGUGUGUCUUAGCUCAUGUUUAGAAUGGUCAUUUUUCACUGUAAAAUGAAGGCAUGAUAAUGUAAAUUUUUUGGUAGUACACAAUAUAUGGAGAACAAAUACUUCCUCCUUGGUUAAGUAGGCCAAACUUUGAUGUGAAAUAAGUCUGAAUUUAAUCAGAUGCAUAAUCGUGGAGUCUGGAAAAGCCGUAGUCAACUAAUACAGCAGUACUGAAAUCCCUGAUUGUCAUGGAUCCAAUUUAAUGUCUGAAAUGUCAUCACUAAAAUGUAAU